UUCCCUUCAUCGGCCAUCAAAUCAGAAAUGGCUUACAUUUGGCUUCUUCCACUUAUCUUCCUCGUCUGUAUUCUUUUCGCCGUUUUCAACCACAAGAAACAUCGGGAAUAUCGGCAGUUACCGUCUCCUCCUGGCUUUCCAAUCAUCGGAAACUUACACCAGAUCGGAGAAUUACCACAUCAGUCUCUAUGGAAACUCUCAAAGAAGUAUGGUCCGGUGAUGCAUUUGAUGCUUGGAAGAGUCCCAACAGUCGUUGUUUCUUCCUCGGAUACAGCAAGACAAGUUCUGAGAGUUCAUGAUCUCCUUUGUUGUACUCGUCCAAGCUUGACAGGACCAAGAGAGCUUUCUUACAACUAUCUAGACAUUGCUUUCUCACCUUUUGAUGAUUAUUGGAAAGAAGUAAGGAAGCUCUGUGUUCAAGAACUAUUCAGUACUAAACAAGUUCACUCGAUUCAACCGAUUAAGGACGAGGAGGUCAAGAAACUGAUCGAUUCGAUCGCCGAAUCAGCUUCUCAGAAGACUCCAGUUAACUUGAACAAUAAGUGUCUUGCUCUAACUGUAAGUGUAGUAUGCAGGACAGCUUUUGGGGUGAGUUUUGAAGGAACUGUACUCAACAAUGACAGAUUCAAUAAAAUAGUCCGGGAGGCGCUCGAGAUGUUGGGAAGCUUUUCUGCCUCGGAUUUCAUUCCGUAUGUCGGAUGGAUCAUCGAUUUGUUGACGGGUUUGCAUGGAAGGAGAGAAAGAAGCAAGAGAGAUCUCAAUGCAUUCAUUGAACAAAUGUUUGAUCUUCAUAAACAGGGAAAGAAACAGGGGAGUGAAGAUUUUGUGGACUUGCUCUUAAGGUUGGAGAAAGAAGAAGCAGUUCUUGGAAAUGAUAAACUCACAAGAAACCAUAUCAAAGCAAUCUUGCUGGAUGUUCUUCUUGCGGGAAUCGAUACUUCUGCGAUAACAAUGACAUGGGCAAUGACAGAGCUUGCAAGAAACCCACGAGUGAUGAAGAAAGUUCAAUCUGAAAUAAGAACUCAAAUGGGGAACAACAGAUCAAUGAUCAGCUUCGAAGACACAGAUCAGCUCGAGUACUUGAAAAUGGUGAUCAAAGAAACAUGGAGAUUACAUCCUACAACACCACUUCUGCUUCCAAGAGAAGCAAUGUCUGAAUUUGAGAUCAACGGCUACACGAUUCCUGUCAAGACUCGGCUUCAUGUGAAUGUUUGGGCUAUUGGUCGUGAUCCUGAUACUUGGAAAGACUCUGAAGUGUUUCUCCCGGAGAGGUUUAUGGAUAAUAACAUUGAUGCAAAGGGACAGAACUUUGAGUUGUUACCGUUUGGUGGCGGUCGGAGAAUCUGUCCUGCAAUAUACAUGGGGACAACAAUGGUGGAGUUUGGUCUAGCUAAUCUCUUGUAUCAUUUUGAUUGGAAGUUACCAGAAGGCACGACGGUCGAAGAUAUCGACAUGGACGAAGCUCCUGGACUCACUGUGAACAAGAAAAAUGAACUCCUACUUGUGCCAGAGAUGAGAAGAUCGUGUGGUUGAGAUUAGAGCUGACUCAAAUCGACGGUCGUUGUUCGUGUUUGACUUCGUCAACGGUGUUUCUCUUUAUCUCUCUGGCAUAGUUUUUUAUUUUUAAU